AGAAAGAGAAGUGCCGGAAUAAAAUGCAAAUGAAAAUAUUCAUAUGCCUAUAAUAACAAACAAUUUUGAGAAUAACUAGUUAAUCUUUAGCUACAAAGCAAGGUCAUAAACAAGAAAUCUCUGCCUCCAGCAUCCAAUAGUCUUCGGUAGAAUUUUUAGAUAACAAAUGUAAAUACGACUCAUAAGUCGUAAGAAAAUAAACAAAGUUAUAUAAAAAUAUAUUGUGCGGAAAAAUUACAAUUUAAAAGUUUUCAAACUUGGAACCAAGAUUGAGUAUAUGCGAAUUAUUAAUUUUAUUGAAAAAUUUUUUUUAAAAAAGCUGUUUGGUGGCAAUGCUACAAAAUCAAUAUAUCGAAAAUAAAACUUGUCGAAAGACUGAGUGGAAAAUCUCAUCAUCGCAAUUUUCAAAAUUAACAAAAAAUUCGAUUCGUGCUAUUAUUGAAAAUUUACAAAUUGAACCAAAUCCUGACAAACAAUUAAUUCCAUUAUCUAUUGGUGAUCCAACAACUUUCGGGAAUUUAAAAUGUCCACCAGAAGUUGUGACUGCUAUUAAAAAAUCGCUGGACUCAUUUCAAUAUAAUGGUUAUGCUCCAAGUACAGGACAUGGUGCAGCCCGUGAAUCAGUCGCAGCGUAUUCAAAUAAAAUAAAUGGUACUUCAAUUACGUCCAAUGAUGUGAUCUUGUGCAGUGGUUGUAGUGGUGCGCUAGAAUUAUGUAUUAAUGUCUUGGGAGAACGGGAUAAAAAUAUUUUGGUGCCUCGACCAGGAUUUGAUGUGUAUAGUACUCUAGCUGGUGGUUUAGGUAUCGAAAUUCGAUAUUACAAUUUAAUCCCUUCGAAAGGAUGGGAAAUCGAUCUUAUUGAUCUUGAAUUACAAAUUGACAAUAAUACAACAGCUAUUGUUGUCAUAAAUCCGUCAAAUCCAUGUGGAUCGGUAUAUUCAGAAGAACAUUUACGUGAUAUAAUAACUAUUGCUGAACGUAACUAUGUACCAAUAAUUGCUGAUGAAAUAUAUGAACAUAUUGUAUUUCCAAAUGAAAAAUUCGUGUCAAUGGCAACAUUAUCGGAAAAUGUGCCAAUAUUGUCGUGUAGUGGACUCUCAAAACGUUAUUUAGUACCUGGUUGGCGUUUAGGAUGGAUUGUCAUCCAUGAUCGUAAUAAUUUAUUUAAUUGUGAAGUACGAAAAAGUUUACAAUCAGUGGCACAACGUAUCAAUGGUGCAAACACAAUUAUACAAGGUGCACUACCAGAUAUUUUAACAAAUACUUUGGAGACAUUUUAUACGGAUUUAACAUCAUUUUUAUAUGAAAAUGCAAAACUGUGUUACGACUUAUUAAGUAGAACAACAGGCUUGAAACCAAUAAUGCCUCAAGGUGCAAUGUAUAUGAUGGUCGGUAUAGAAAUGAACUAUUUUACAGAUUUAUUAAAUGGUCGUGAAUUUGUUGAACAAUUAGUGGCUGAACAAUCAGUUUUCUGUCUACCAGGAGAAUGUUUUAAUUAUCCUGGUUAUAUGCGACUAGUCUUGACUGUUCCUACAGAACUAUUGAAAGAAGCUUGUGAACGAAUAAAUGAAUUUUGUACAAAGCACUAUAGAUUAAAGGAGAUUAAUACAAUACGAGAUUUGGAUAAUAGUUUUUAAGUAAAUCCAAAUGUUUUAUCUUUAAGUUUUUAGUAUUUACAUAUUAAAUACGAGUGUUAAUAAAGAUUUUAUUAUAAAGGA